AUGAUAAAUUUUAAAAUAAUUUUAAUCUAUAUCAUUAUAAUAAAUAUAUUAUUUGUUCAACAAAGUAUACAACAACAAUGUGAUCAGUGUAGUGAUGAGGGAAGUCCCUGUGGUUAUUUAGAUAGAUAUGAUAUAUAUAAAAUAACGAGAUGCAAUGAUCGUUUAAUAUGUGUUAAAACAGGUGUAGCACAUAGUAAUAAUAUAUGCAUUUACCCCUCUACUAUACAUGGGUCAUGUAGAUAUGAUUCAGAUUGUGGAACUGGUUUAGCAUGUUUAAAGAUAAAUAGCACUUCUGAAAGAGGAAUAUGCGAGAAUAUAAAAUUCUCACGUAAUGGGGAACCAUGCAGAAAUGAUGAACACUGUGCUGGAAGACUUAGUGUUUGUAGAAAAGAUAUAUGUGUAACAACUUCAUACAGGGGCGAAUGCUUUGAUGACAUGGAUUGUGAUAUUGACGACUUUUGUUUAGAUGAUGGUGUAAAUGAAAGAACUUGUCAAAGAAAAUUAAAAGUAGAUCAAGGAAAUUGUACAGUGCAUGGGUGUGAAAAUAAUAGUUUUUGUUUCUCUGAAACAAACAAGUGUACAAAGUAUUUCUCAUUAGAACUAAAUCAAACUUGCGAAAUCACAAAACAUUGUAAUAUUGAUAAUAAUUUAAUUUGUGAUUUAAAUACUAGAAAGUGUAUUCCUUAUGUUGACCCUGGUAUUUCACAAUUUUAUGAUUGUAUGUCAAAUAACUCAUGGUGUCCCUACCCAACUGUAUGCCAUUGUAGUGGUACAUGUUAUAAUAGAUUUAAAACAGAUCGUGAACAUAAAUCAAGUUUUAAUGAAAUGUUUGAAUGUUUUGACAACUACAAUUGCUCACUAGUUUUACCAAAUGUAAGAUCACCAGACUCUUGUGUUUCAAGAUUUUGCAAAAAGGAAUACUGUCACUAUAGUAUGGUGGAGAAGAGGGGAAAUUUUGCAAUUUCCUGUAAUAAACGUGUCGAUGACUAUUGUAAUGAUUUAGAUAAUAUACCAUCUGUGUUAGUAGGAGAUUUUAACUCUACAAGUACUGGUGGUUUUACCCUCCCACCUACUAUUCCUCCAUCAAAUAACAAAUCAAAUAACAGUAACCAACUCUCACAUAAUAAUGGAUCAAAUUAUGAAAAUAAUUUUGUUAUUAAAUUAAUACCAAAUCUAUUAAAUAAUUCUUUUUUAACAUUAUUAUUAUUUGUAUUAUUAAUAUAA